AUGGCUAGAUUACUUCAAUAUUCCUCCUUCUCCCUUUGUUUCCAUGCUAUAAUUGUGGCCACAGUAUUAGGUUCUAUCCCAAAGCUUACUCUUUCAUCAACCCUAUACUCUGAUAUCCAAGUGCUACGCACCCUGAAGCGUUCUGUUGAUCCCAGCUCUAUCUCCCCAACAUCUUACCUUACUACUUGGGACUUCAUGGUGGAUCCUUGUGAUAGUACUGGUAAACAGUUUCUCGGAAUAGUAUGCAGUAUUCCUCUAGACAAUGCUAGCGCUCCUAGCAGAAUUAUAGCAAUUGAUCUAGAUAGCGUUGGAUAUGAUGGGUUUCUGUCGCCGUCUAUCGGGAACUUAACCGAGCUCACCACCCUCAACCUAAACAAGAACAAGUUUCGUAGAACCAUACCAGAAUCGAUCUCCAAUCUUAAAAAGCUCACUCGGCUUUCACUGGCGGACAAUUGCCUCACGGGCACCAUUCCUACAGAAAUCACUUUAUUCAAGAAUCUUGAAUAUCUAGACAUUUCAGGAAACUUGCUCACUGGCUCAAUUCCAACUAAUAUCACCAGAUUACGAAGCUUGGCCUACUUAAGUUUUUCAAGCAACUCAUUCACAGGCACAAUUCCUGACCUCGCAGGGUUGUGGCAACUUGAAACUCUAGAUCUUUCUUCCAAUCAACUCUUUGGAAAUCUGCCACAUUUUCCUAUGAGAUUGAAAACACUGUUGCUAAAUAGCAAUAUACUUUCAGGCCACAUUUCUCGUGUUAAGAUGCUCAACGACCUUAGACGACUAGAUCUAAGUGACAACAAGUUUUCAGGUCACAUAAGCAAGGACAUUGUUUCAUUACCUAGGUUGGUUCACCUUAAUGUUUCAAUGAACCGUUUCACCGCAAUAGGGACGCGCAACUUUUCUAGGGAAGAGACACAACUACAAGUGCUUGACGCAGAAAAAAACAAUCUCCAUGGUCGUUUGCCUAUAAAUUUGACCACAAUUCAGAAUUUAGACACCAUUAAUCUAGCACAUAAUCAAUUGGCUGGGCCAUUACCAAGAGAAUAUGGAAAAAGAUUAGAGAAUUCAUGGAGAGUCCUGUACUUGGAUCACAACUUUCUAUCAGGAAAUGUUUCACAAGAGUUCAUUGUUCACGCACCACGGAUCGUAGGCAGCCUUUCCAAAAACUGCCUUAGGUGUCCAAUGUCAACAACCUUAUGCCGAGGAGGGCAAAGGUCAGCUUCAGAAUGCAUUUAG